UUUGGAAUGAAGUACUGGGGACUGCCCACUCUCCCUCACUCUACCCCCUCCCCUUUACCCUUUCUCACCCCAAUCCACGUCUAGCCUCUGUUUGGUCUUCCCUUCCAUCUGAACUCUUCUCCCAUCAGACUCCUUUAACAAAAUACAUUUCAUCGGCUCGCUCUGCUUUGUUCUUUUCUUCCGUACGCUUCAUCUUCAAGAGCGACAGGCCAUGAGAGACUACUGGGAACUCUCCGGCCCCUUUGGCCUCGCGGUCCGCGCCGCCGUACGAAUUUUCCAGUUCAUCUUCGCCAUCGUCACAAUCGGCCUCUACUCCGCCUCUCUCGCCUCGUGGGACUAUUCGAAAAACGUCAGGAAGACCAACUGGAUAUUCGCCCUCGUCCCCGCCGUCCUCUCGGCCCUGACCUGCGCCUACCACGUCUUCGCCACCGUCACGCACGCCGCCUGGUCCGUCUGGGACUUUGGUCUCGCCGUCAUCUGGGCUGCUCUCUGCGGCGUGUCUUCGACUGUCCUUGUGGGUGGUGAGAAUGAGAACUUUGUCACUGGGGAUAUUAGGUCGAGACUCGCCGCGGGAGCAUGGAUUGCAGGCGUCAGCAUGAUCCUCUGGCUUCUGAGUGCCAUACACGGCUGCGCUUACUGUUGCGCCUCGAGGAAGUGGACAAGGACGACGAAACAAGAGAGAGAUAAGGAUAACAUGGAGGAGCUUCCCGAUAGAAGCCAACGAGAAGUGUAGUUUCACGGUUUCCGAUGGGCAACACAUGUCUCAAACAAAACUAAUUGCAUGAUUUCGGGACAAGAAAUGGAGUAUAAAGUAGGAAAUACUUGGAAUAAUCACAGCUGCGCGAAUAAGGGCAAUUUUCGAAGCAUACUGAAGUAGUAAAUCUGUUGUUUAAAAUUGCUCCAUCUAAGAAAAUAUAUUU